AAUUAAAUCAGUGUAUUUUUUUUUGUUGUUUGCCAAACAAUAGGAGACGACGUACUCGCAGCGUUAAUUGUUCUUUUAAAUGAAGUUGAGAAUCGCCGGCCUGCCAAGUGCGAUCGCAUAAUCGUCGAGCAUCGAGGGAAGUGAACUCGGGCCCCCGCGGAGUCAUAGGUGCCCGGAAUCGUAAUCGGAACCCGAAUCGCUCCAUCGGGAAUUAUUAAUUGUGAAACUGAGCGAUGAACAAGGUGGGCAAGCACAUCCAAAGCGGCAUCUCGGGGGCUCCGCCGCCGCCGCUGUCCACGGCAUCUCUACUUGGAUCUCCGAUGGAGGCGGCGGCCAAUGGAGGCGCCAUGGCCAGCAGCACAAAUGUGUUCAAUUCCAUCAUGAGCUUCCUGCCGGACAACCGGCCCAUCACGUCGCUGCACAUCGUCGAGGAUUUCGAGCGUUGCCCGAAGAACUUCAGUGCCAUCAACCGCACCUACGACCAGGAUUCGGAUGCGGACCUGUGGCGCGACUUUAGUUUGUUUGGGCGACAGAAUACCAGGUAUCUCUGCCUUUCCAAGUCCGAAGGAUUGCCGGAAUAUGUGGUGGAGACCCUACAAGUAAUUGCUGAUAAGACGGCACCGCCCAAGGAAUUCUCACAGGUCUCGCGCACCGCCGACAGCGAUCAGAAGGCCUGGCGCAAACGGCAGGUGAUCUACAAGCUGUCCAAGCGCGGCACUGUCACCCAGGCGGUCACCGACAUAAUACUCUGCUCCAAGCUAAAGACAGCGCCCGAUGGCUUUAAGUUGGCCGGCGAUAUUAACGGGGUGCUGAUCUGCUACAAAACGAGCGCCAUCCCGGUGCGCCUUUCGCCACCAGUUCCCGGCACCUGUGAGGUCGAACAGGCCCUCAACCGGCUCAAUCUCCAGGGGCAGCGCAACUCACGCGGACCACUGCCACAGCCACCGACUGAACACCAUGACUACGAGGAGAUCCAGGCCAACUAUCAAAUAAACUCGCCACAGCGACCGGCGCCGCCUCGUCCAGCGGGAGCGGGAGUUCCAGUCGGAGGAGGAGGAGGACGUGGUACUUACGGCGGCACCGGAACCCUGGGCACCUACACCGAACUGGAGGGAGUGCCCUUCGUCAUGGACGUUAGGCUGCAGCGCAACCAAGCUGUAACUGAUAUACCUGUACUGCCAGAAAUCUCCACGCUACUCAAGUCUUUGGACUAUGAUUUUCAAUUGGAACGCCAGAUCUUGUGCACCAUGAAGUCAUCGGCUUCGAAGAACCCGUUCUUCAAAUAGAAUUGCAAAGCUUCAUUAGGAAAACGCGCGUCACAAAUUGAGAGAGAAAUGAGUGGAUGUUGAUGUGGAUUUUAUAUACUUAGUUUAGCGUAAGCUUGAUCAUGAUAAUCCCCAGUAGCUAUUCAGUUAAAUGUGUGUGUAAUAUUCCUGUGCCUUCGAUAUGUAUCUAAUUUUCAUAAUACAACUCUGUUUUGUAAAA